AUGGUUCUGGGGGAGACGUACAAGCCCGUCCGGCCCAAGGCCUCACCCGAGGUGGAGGAACUUUCGCUGGAGCGCCUAAAAUCAAAGCCAGCCAACGAGAAUGACACCUUCGCCAUCAAGUACACCUUCUCCUUUCUGGCGGCCGUCUGCGCCGAGACAAUCACCUAUCCACUGGACCUGAUCAAGGGCCGCCUGCAGAUCCAGGGGGAGAUGGCGCUGGAUGCGCACCACAGUAGCAAGGCCAAGGUGCUGCUGCCCAAACGAGGCAUGGUCGGCACCGCCGUUGGCAUCGUUCAAGAAGAGGGCUUCUUCCGCCUCUGGCAGGGACUGUCGCCGGCCAUCUACCGCCACCUGGUGUACUCUGGCGUGCGGAUGACGCUGUACGAGGCAAUUCGCGAGGAGAUGCUGGGGAAGAACGAGGACGGCACCAUUCCGGUGUGGAAGGCGGUGGUGGGCGGCUGCGUCGCCGGCAUGACCGCCCAGUUUCUCGCCAGCCCCGCCGACCUGGUGAAGGUGCAGGUGCAGAUGGAGGGCCGGCGGCGGCUGCAGGGCCUUGAGCCACGGGUGAAGAACGCCCGGCACGCCUUUGCCAAGAUCUACCUGGAGGGCGGGCUGAAGGGGCUGUGGAAGGGCUGGAUGCCCAAUGUGCAGAGAGCCGCCUUCGUGAACCUGGGCGACCUGACCACCUACGACUCGGCGAAGCACCUCAUACUGAAGCACACCUCCCUGAAGGACAACUACUUUACGCACGCCCUCUCCAGUGCCUGCAGCGGCUUUGUGGCGGCACUGCUGGGCACGCCGGCGGAUGUGAUCAAGACGCGGGUGAUGAACCAGCCGACGGACAGCCAAGGUCGAGGGCUGCUCUACCGCUCCUCGGCGGACUGCUUCAUCAAGUCGGUGCGAGGGGAGGGCUUCUUCUCCCUCUACAAGGGCUUCAUUCCCUGCUGGAUUCGAAUGGGCCCCUGGAGUCUGAUCUUCUGGAUCAGCUACGAGGAGCUGCGCAAGUUUUGGGGCGUCUCCUCCUUUUAG